AUGAAUUUUGGAUUAGCAGAAUAUAUUCCAAAAGAUUGCCCACUUUGUGGGGUUCCUGUACAGCUAGCUGACAGAUUAACUGUUGAUAGAGAGACAAUCCACAAAGCCUGUUUUAAAUGUUGUUUCUGUGCCUGUAAUCUCGAACAGGGAGCUGCGGCAAUGGAACGAUCCUUCUACGAACGUUAUGGGCCUCGUUGGUAUUGCAGAGGAACCGCAGGGAAAUGCUCACUCCUUCCAAAUUCUAAAAAGGAAGAAAAACUGAAAGAGAACGGGUUGGCUGAACGAAAAAUUAAAAAAUAAAAAAAAUUUUUUUAUAAAAAUUUUAGUUUAUUUUUAAAUUAAAUAUUAAAAAUUCCUUAAUAAAAUUUAAAUUAAUUUAUUCUCCUCUUUAUUUGCCCUCGAAUUCUUUUUAAUUUUUGUUUAUUAAAUUCCGUCGAAUUUAGAGGCCCCAAUUGUUUCCAAGUACUGUUGAAGGUUUUUAAUUUGUUUCUUUUUAUUAAUCUUCCAAUUUUUGUUCCAUUCGUUGAGCUAAAUAUUUUUGCAGGCAAAAUUGUUGCAUAGAAAGGUGUGC